UUUGCUCUUUCUUUUUCUAUACGCAGAUAAGUAGUUGGAUUACUAGGGAUGUCUGCUCAAGGUUUAAUGUCCUCGUCUCUGGUGAUGAAGAGACUAAGCUCGUGCGGAAGCAAAUCGCUAUUCUGAGCUGAGCUCUGACUGUGAGAGGAACGGAACUUCUUCUUCUUCUUCCUACUCUUUCCUGGUUCCUGCGCCGUACUCUGUCCUCAGGCAUGUUGGCCCCGAAGAAGAAUGGUUCAUCCCAAAAGCUCUCACAUUCAGAAACCACCAUUGAUGCUGCUUACGGAAAGAACGAUCUAUUGGGGAUGACCUCAACUCCGACUGUUCCGCGAUCCAUGCGGGAUGGAAUUUCCCCGGCUUCUCUCAUCAAGAAUGAUGCAGACAUGGCCGAGAAGCUGGAAGUUAUAACUGAUAAAUCUGAAUCGAUGUUGGGUUUGAGAAAGAGUACUGUAUGGGGAAAUCGUUCACAUCUCAAAGCUUGUGUAGCCUCAUUCAUGGAAGCCACCAUGGCUGCAAAACUUGUGGUGGUGGGAGGAGCUCUUGUUUCCUUGAUUGCAGUGCUUUUACGGGCCACAAUAAGAAGGCCUCAAUUUCGUCUCCACUUGGAAAUAAGGAGACCCAACAUUGAGACCUCUCACUGGUUUGCCCCAAACACGCUUCUCGUAUUUGUUCUUGCUGUUUUCCAGUUGUUAAUAGGUCUCGCAGCUUCACAAAUGCCGUUCUUUGAAUGGAUCAUGGACGCCAUAAUUUUGGUUGAACUUCUCCUUCCUGUCAUCCGACUGCUUUACCUGCGGCUGCGACCUCUCUUUCUCUACUUCUCAAUAAAGGAGGUUAACCAGGACGAGGAAGAAGAUAUCAGCUCUAUGGAAAAAGAUGAACCGGAAGAAGCUAUGGUCGUUCAAGAGGAUGAUUCUGCUGUUAAUUCACUCUCUCAUACCGCCAAUACUAGCCCGUGGGAAAAAGUGGAACGUAUUGGGGCUGGUGGAUAUGGGAUUGUUUAUCUUGCACGCCACAGGCAUAUGAGUAAACUGGCAUUUUUUUUUUCUUAUUGUCUUAGUUUUAAUUUCUUAGUAAGAAAUAUGUGUUCUUCAUUUGUGACAGGGAAACUCGAAACCUAUGUGCAGUGAAGGAACUGAAUGACAUUCACAAACUUACAAAGGUAGAAUCCAUAAAAAAGGAAAUCGAAAUUCUCAGACGACUGGAACAUCCAAACAUUGUAAAGUAUUAUGGAAAUGAAAUAAUCGGACGCCACAUUUUUCUAUACAUGGAACACAUCCAACCAGGUUCACUGAAGAAAUAUAUCUCGGACCGAAGGGGUUUACCUGAACCUUUAAUUCGAAAUUUCACUAAACAAAUUCUCUCUGGGUUGGAUUACCUGUGUAAUAAAAGAGUUGUCCACAGGGAUAUAAAGCCGGACAAUCUACUUGUCGAUUCUAACAACAUAGUAAAGCUAGUUGACUUCGGUUUGGCUAAACAUCUAGUAGAAUCUGUGGGCCAGCACUCCACGUCGGGAACUCCAUAUUAUGCAGCCCCAGAGGUUCUUCAAAAAAUAGAAUAUAAGAGCUGGCGUGAAGCUUCUGCUGCUGAUAUAUGGAGUUUGGGUUGUGUAAUCAUUGAAAUGUUCACGGGGGAGCAUCCUUGGCCUCAUGCUGAUCCGGUGCGGGCUUACUAUAAAAUUUGUGUUGAUCAUCAACAUCCGCCCAUACCAGAAGAGUUGAGCCAAGAGGGUAAAGAUUUUCUUCAACUCUGCUUCCUAGCUCCAGACGAGCGGCCUUCUGCUGCAGCAUUACGAGAGCAUCCCUUUGCAAAAGCACAGACAACUUAGCUUGCUGAUGGAAGAAAGUACAAGGCUUGAUAAUGUUGGGAGUAUUUGGAGAUUUUAGUAUGACAUUUAUAUAGCUAAGGCCUUAAUUAGUCUAUAUAACAAGGGGAGGGGGUGUCUGCUGCACUCUCUAAUGCCUUCCUUGCUACCGCAUCAUUUUGCCUUCCUUUCCAAAUGUCUUUUGAUCAUUAUAUUCUACAUAAAAUGAGUGAUAUUUUGAUA